AUGCAUGUGAAGGUCCUCCUUCUCAGCCACAGCCACGCCUCCUCUCUCUCACGACACGCCACCAUCGCGCAGUCGCGCCUCCCUCACCACUGCGACCGGUCCAGGUUGCAGCCGCCACCACUAUCGCGACACGUCGAGGGAAGAAGCAUGGUGUGCAUGCUAUGGCCACUAGCACAUAGAACACGUACAUCCAUGAUUACUUUCACAUCUUUAGAAACCCAGAUUUUGUGCAAUGGAAAAUGUUGGAUUGAAGGUGUUCCAACGUAG